AUGUUCUUCUUGCUGGUCUCUCUGUUGGUAAUUGAUGCAGUAUUAGCAGGCCCCCGCGGAGGACCUCAGUGGGGCUAUGGGAAGUCCAAAAAUCUCACACUUGGCCCCACUGAUUGGUAUAAGAUCGCUCCCCAGUGCGCAGGUACGGCCCAGUCCCCCAUCGACCUUGACUGUUAUUCAUUGAAAAGCAACAUAUGGGAAGAAAAUCUAGCAAUCGAUUUUGAUAACGAGGGUGGUCUUGUAAUUGGAUCAUUUACUAAUAAUGGCCAUUCCCCUACCCUUGCAAUUGAAAAAUCUCUCGGAUCUGCCACCCUCAGUGGGGGUCCUGUGGGGGAUACUGUGUUCCAACUGGAGCAAUUUCACUUCCACUUUGGAUGUUCAUCAUUCCAAGGCUCAGAGCACACAGUAUCUGGAAGUUCAUAUCCUGUUGAGGCACACUUCGUGUUUUAUAACACAAGUUACACAGAUUUUGCAAGGGCCGCUGAUAAGGCUGAUGGACUCACCGUGGUUGGUGCUUUUUUUGAGCUGGGUUCGGAGCCGAAUGGAAUUUUAAGCAGAUUGCAAAGCAAGUUUGAAAUGAUCGUCGCAGAAGGGAGAAGUGUCCCAGUGGUAGAAACAGACAAAAUUUUUUUGAAAGAUCUAGUACCUGCAUUUAACAAUGGUUCGCCUUACUACACUUACCAAGGAUCCCUUACCACCCCUCCCUGCUUCGAAUCUGUACGAUGGAUUGUGUUGUCAGAAACUGCACCAUUUAGUCCAUCCCAGCUUAUAAUGUUCAAUCGGCUCCAGUCUUCCACUGGUUACGGUGAUGGAAAGAUGUGCAACAACUUCAGACCAGUACAACCAAGGAAAGGGAGAGAUGUGUUCCUGAUUUAUUAA